GGCAAUGAAGUUGACUUCAUCAUCAUGGCUAGCAAUCUUUAUCCCCUUCCUCACCUUCCUCCUCUUCUUUCGCCGUUUUCGCCGCCACCGAUAUAACCUACCACCGGGGCCAAAACCAUGGCCUAUCAUAGGAAACCUCAACCUCAUAGGCCCUAUUCCUCACCACUCCUUCUAUGAGCUCACCCAAAAAUAUGGACCCAUCAUGCAUCUCAAGUUAGGCUUCAAAGACAUCAUCAUCGUGUCCUCUGCUAACAUGGCUAAAGCCUUCCUUAAAACCCACAAUCAUAACUUCUCGUCACGACCAAAAACUACCGCCGGAGAGCACGUGGCCUACAAUUACUCCGAUAUUCUCUGGGCCCCCUAUGGCCCUUACUGGCGCCAAGCCCGCAAGAUAUGCUUUACAAAAAUGUUCUCUCAAAAAAGCCUACAAUCGAGCGGGUAUAUCAGAAAGGAAGAGAUGAAAAGUAUGUUGAAUGAACUUUUCAUUUCUUCAGGCACCACCGUAUUAUUGAGAGAUUACUUUUACACUUUAACCCUAAAUAUUAUAAGUCGCAUGGUGUUGGGAAAGAAGUACGUGGAGAAAGGUCAAGGUGGCUUUGUUAGCUGGGAAGAGUUCAGAGAAUUGUUGGACGAGUUUGUGCUGCUCAAUACGGGAGUUGCAAAUAUUGGGGAUCUGUUCCCUUGGAUUAAUUCCUUGGACUUGCAAGGUUACAUGAAGAGAAUGAAGGAUUUCAAUGCUAAGUUUGAUAGGUUUCUGGAGUAUGUGUUAGAUGACCAUGAAGAGAAAAGAAAAGGGGUUGAGGAUUAUGCGGCCACAAACAUGGUGAAUGUGCUUUUACAGCUCGUUGAUGAUCCCACUCUUGAGAUUAAGCUUCAAAGGCACAAUGUCAAAGCAUUAACUCAGGACCUUGUAAUAGCUGCCAUAGAUACCACAGCAAUAACUAUUGAAUGGGCAAUGUCUGAGCUGUUGAAAAACCCAAAAAUCUUAAGGAAGUCUACAGAAGAGUUGGACAAAGUGAUCGGAAGAGAUAGGUGGGUGGAAGAGACGGACUUAGUCAACUUGCCUUAUAUUGAAGCCAUUGUUAAAGAAACAUUGAGAUUGCACCCUGUAGCCUCUGUGUUGCCUCCAAAAAUAGCCAUGAAUGGUGACAUUGAAAUUGCAGGGUAUGACAUCCCAAAAGGAACUCAAGUGAUUGUCAAUGUGUGGGCUAUUGGUAGAGACCCUAUGAUGUGGGACAACCCUAAUGAGUUUUACCCAGAAAGGUUCAUAGGUAAAGAUAUUGAUGUGACAGGACAUCACUUUGGGUUAUUGCCAUUUGGGGCUGGAAGGAGGAUCUGCCCUGGUUAUCCUCUUGCUCUAAGGGUUGUGAAUUCAAGUAUAGGAAAUUUGGUGCAUGGGUUUUCUUGGAGCUUGCCGGAUCACAUGAAGGAAGUAGACUUAAACAUGGAGGAAAUUUGCAGGCUUACUACCCUCAGAAAACAACCCCUUGAAGCUGUUGUUAAGCCUAGGCUUUCAUCUCAUGAUCUUUACUGAUGUUACAUGUGGUGGUCCAUUUGAUUUGAGCACUAUCAUUUAGCUUCUUGUUAUUUGUAUUGCUGUUAUUUAUAUUGCUAUUAACUACUUGUAUUA